AUGUGUAGGCAGCAGCCUACCGUAGAAAUGGAUUUUUAUUCCCCUUAUGGGGAUCCCUGGUUGCUCUUCUUGGACUUGGAAUCAUUAAAAUCCCAGCUCUUCCACUUUCCUGCCUGUGUGGCCUUGUCUCCAGAGGAAAAGUCCAUGAGAAUAGCUUCUUAUCACAGCGCAAAGGUAGGAAGCGUGGUCACACCUUAGGAUCUUCCACUUCAUCAGGUGCAUGAAGUAGCCUGAGGAGAACACUGGAGAAUAAACCAAACUUGAAAACUGAGAAUGAAAUGUGUUUGGUAGACUAAGCUCACAGCAAAGGGGUGGGCGGCGGGCGGGUAUCUGCUUUUGUCAAGGGAGAAGUCACACUCCGGCAGUAAUUAUCAUUAAACCCUCAGAAACGCAGUUGCAUGUGUUAUUCUGCUCCAGUUCUGCAGAGUGUGCACUUCUCUCCCACCUUUGUCUUCUCAUAGUUGAUUGGUCUGAGUCUUGCAAGUGAGUCCACAAAAGUCACUAGCCCAUGGAAAAUGUUAGUAGCCCAGUCUGCCCCAUCCUACCUGUUUGAAUCGCUUGUGGCGCAUGGGUGGCCUGAAAGGAAUAAAAAGGGAAAUGACCAACUCUUACUAGCUUAUUUCAAAAAUGUCUUUGCCUGGAAGACCCCUUUUUCUCCACAGACGACCAGAGGACACAGUGGCUGUUGA